UCUCCAAUGCCCCUAGCAUUCCUCCCUUAUAUACCCAAAUAAAACCCUAAAAAUUAAACAACUCAUCAAAAACUCGAAAAGAAAAACCGAAAAUUUUAGAGAAAAAAAGCAUGGAAGGAACAGAUGAGCUAAGCAUAGAAGAGUUGGCUUCAAAUCUUUCUACAUACAAGGAACAGCUUCAGCAGGUUAGACAGCUUCUAGGUGAUGAUCCUGGAAACCUUGAAUAUGUGGACAUGGAAAAGGAGCUCGCAGAGGUGAUUGCUCUGACAGAGGAACUGCUUGCAGCUGCAAAGCAAAAUGAGAUUUCUGGAUCAGCUAUUGGAGCUAGUGUUAGUGCACCCCCUGCACAAUCGAAGGAAUCGGUGAAAGCAUCAGAUUAUGGGGAUAAUUUUCCUGUUGGCACAAAAGUUCAGGCUGUUUGGAGUGAAGAUGGAGAGUGGUAUGAUGCAACUAUUGAGGCAAUUACUCCAAAUGGGUAUUAUGUCUGCUUUGACGGAUGGGGAAACAAGGAAGAGGUGGAUCCUGCCAAUGUCAGGGCGAUUGAACACAAUGCUUUGCUUGAAGCUGAAAAGGAUGCUGAGGCUACAAAACAAGCUAUCAAACGUAAGAUUGCUCAAGCUGCUUCUGUUGACUUUCAAUCUCGAAGUUUACCAGCUAAGCUUCGAAUAGCUGAUGAUGACCCCGAGGAUGUGAAAGCUGCCAAGCGAAAGAAGAUACAUGCUUUCAAGUCAAAGAUGCGACUUGAACAACUUGAAAUGGCACAAAAUAAGCGGCAGAAUGCUUGGCAGCAGUUUCAGACGACCAAAGGCAAGACUAAAAAGGUUGGUUUUUUCUCGGGGCGCAAGCGCGAGAGCAUCUUCAAGUCUCCAGAUGAUCCUCAUGGUAAGGUUGGUGUGACAGGAAGUGGAAAGGGCUUGACAGAUUUCCAGAAAAGAGAAAAGCACUUGCAUCUCAAAGGAGGAAAUGUUGAGAUAACUGAUGACUAGGCUAGCCUGAUAUGUUUUGCUGGUUGUUUGAGCAGAGUUGUAUUCAAGGGGUGUUGUAAACAUGAAGUGUUGAAACAUGAAAAUUCCAUUAUGCUCCUUUGCAAGGAUUUGCUACUUUUUUACACAAGUUAUUAAUGAUAUUACAUUGGAAAAAAAAAAGAAACUCACAAUCGAUGUUACUGUACUUUUUCUUUUUUCAUAGUUGAGGUUACUGAGAUUUGAUAUCGAACUAUUGAAA